UGGAAACUCCUCCACACUAAGAAGUUAGAAGGGUUCUUUUCAGAGCAGCGCUGGUUUGGAAGCACUGAGAGUCAAACUGUUCAAGGGGAUACAUGGAUUAAAAUAUUGUGCAGUAACCUGGAGCCAGAGGCCUACCUGGACUGAAGCAGCCUUAAGGACAUUGAAGUGGCUGACAGGUGUGAGGUCUGGACAGGUGUGGUUAGUGGACAGGUGUGGGUAGUGGACAGGUGUGAUAAGUAGACAGGUGUGGUUAGUGGACAGGUGCGGUUAGUGGACAGGUGUGAUAAGUAGACAGGUGUGGUUAGUGGACAGGUGCGGUUAGUGGACAGGUGUGAUAAGCAGACAGGUGUGGUUAGUGGACAGGUGAGCUGUCUGGACAGGUGAGCUGUCUGGACAGGUAAGAGGCUGAAGAACAGCAUGCGUCCCCCUGCCUCUGUUCAAGGCAGGCUGCGUCUGCGACCGUGGCUGGAACAGCAGAUCCAAUCUGGGAGAUACCCAGGGGUGUCCUGGCUAGACCAGUCAGCAGGGGUGUUCCAGAUUCCAUGGAAGCAUGCAGCUCGUCACGGCUGGAGCAUUGACAGGGACGCCUCUCUGUUCAGGAGCUGGGCUAUGUACACAGGCAAGUAUAUACCGGGCAGGGACAAGCCAGACCCCAAGACCUGGAAGGCAAACUUCCGCUGUGCCCUGAACUCCCUGCCGGACGUGAGGGAACUCCGCGAGCAGAGCCUGAAGAAGGGCAGUCUGGCCUCCAGGGUGUACGCGCUGCUUCCCCCCAGGGCCACGGGCCGGCGGAGGAGAGGUCUCUCUUCUGGUCUCUCUCUGGGUGCCCAGGGAUGGGAGGCAGCUGUGAAACUCAGGCCAGACCCCCAAAGCAGCUCCUGUGUUCCCCUGGACAGGUUCCCAGACGUGUUCUGCAGCUCCAGAGGGCUGCAGGAGGACGGCAGCUCGGGGUCCUUCCAGGCCAGGGCCAGGGAGAGUCUUCCCCCCUACUGCACCAUCAAGCAGGAAGAAGCCACCACGGCGGAGCAGAUCUCCUACUGCUCCUCCUCCUCCUCAGCCACAGCCGAGCAGAUCACCUCCUCCUUUCAUCUCCUCCCACAGGCCUCUUCCUGCACCCCUCACACACAACGUAUCUGGGACAGCCCCUCAGUCGACCAGGAACAGACAGAAGCUGUGUUUAAGAUUGUGGACCAGUUGAGCAGCUCAGACUGGGGCCAGUCAGGAGAGCCCAGAUGCUGGAGACCUCCUGGUUCCUUCUGGGAAGACUGUUUCUCUGGUGACCUGGACCCCCUGACAUCAGACCCCGGGGCCCUGCAGGCGGACAGCUACUGGCCCUGCGCAUCGCUCAGAGCCCCUGUGGAGGCAUGCACACCGGGCCUGUCUCAGUAGCCCAGCCCUGCCUCCUCCCCUGGUUCUGCUCCCCUGCUGGAAGAGGACAUGGUCCAGUGCCCGCUAUGGGAGGGGAGGACAGCAGGUGACAGUAUUGAGACGCACCCGUAGUCCCCUCAGACUGGCAGAAGGGAGAUGCUACGUGUGUUCCAAUUCUAGAACAGGGUUUUAGAACAGUAACAACAAUGUAUUUAGCUGACGCUUUUAUCCAAAGCAAUUUGAACUUCGACCUCUUGAUCUGCAAGCACAUGCUUUACUGAUAAGCUCUACCCAUCCUCGUAUACCCAGCCCAACAGAGUUUUCCUAAGCAGAUAUUAGAUUCAACUUUGUAAUUAAACAGCACAAGUCCAGUACAACAAAAUGCAUUUAGCAAGGGCAGUGUUUCAAUGUUGAGAGUGCUUAAGGACAAUGUCUUCAAGUGCAAUGGCAUGUAUAAGGAGAUGUGAAAUCAUGUAAUCUGGUAAAUAUAGGUUUUUCACUCAACUUGAAAUAAGUGUUUCUCCUUCUGUCACAUAUACAGACAGAUAAACAGGCCUGUAAGUGUCAAUCACCUAAACAUGUUCUUUGUGUGUAUUUCAACUAUAAAUAUAUUUGUAUUUUGAAUUAAACAUGAUACUUUCAUAGUCUUUUCAGCAUAUUUUUGUAUGGAAACUUGUGAUGCAGAACACUGAACCAGGAAGUGAGACAUCUCUAAUGUUAAAGAUCCUGUCAAUAUCCUGAUCCUGUGGAAUUGAAAAUUAGUUAAGUUCAUCACACCACAGAAGAAUGUGUUAACUACCCAUCCAAAUUCGAAUUAAAAAACACAGACAAGUAUGUUAAAUUAAGCUUUUAAAUUGUGAGAAAACCAGCAGUCUUCUCUGUUUGAGACUGGGGGGGCGUGU